UCGUGGGAAAGUGCAGUCUCCCCACGGAGCCAUCGAGAGUAUCAGCGGAGGGACGGGGCAGCUCCUCCUGGGGAGCCAUGUCCAGCCCAGGCAGCAUGCGGUGCUCCAUCAGGCACGGCCUCCUCACCUUGGUGGCCCUCGGGCUCCUGUGGCUCUUCAUCACUUUGAAAGUCUCCAGAGAAAUUGAAGAUGAUCCCGUGAUGUCUAUCAAAGGCCAAGACAGUGGCGGCAGAAGGAAGGACCCAAGACCACGAGAAGACUGGCAGAAUCUCACCUUCCAAUACAUGAAAAAAGUCCAGCAGCGAAGAAAGAGAUGGCUGACGGUGGGCAUCUCCUCGGUGCCAGGCCCGGGUCGGAGCGGCCUCCUGCACACACUGGUCUCCCUGUUCCGAGCCUCCUCCAGGGCGGAGCAGAGGCGUCUCACGGUGCUGGUCCACCUGGCCGACUCUGACCCUGCCCGGCUCAGAAAAACCACUGCCCAGAUUUCAACCCUCUUCAGCCCGCAAAUCCUGGCAGGGCAGCUGGUGCUGAUCCACGCUCCGCCGGAUGCCUACCCUGUGGGUGACCCUGAGGACCAGGCCUACCGGGGGGACACCUGCUCCAAGCAGAACGUGGACCAUGCCUUCCUCGUGAGCUUUGCUGCAGGGCUCUCUGACUACUUCCUGUUGCUGGAGGACGAUGCCUUCUGCGCCCCCAACUUCAUCACCCACAUCCGCCGGAGACUGGGCAGCAUGAGCAGGACCCCGUGGGUGCUGAUGGAGCUCUCGAACCUGGGCUUGCUGGGCAAGCUCCUGCACGGCAGGGACCUCCCGCUGCUGGCCCACUUCCUCCUCCUCUUCCACAAGGAGAAGCCCCUGGACCAGCUGCUCCCGCAUUUCCGCAGCCUCCUGGCCCAGAAACACGCCGUCCUCAGCAGGCCUUUCCUCUUCUACCGCCGGGGCUCCCACUACGGCGCCGGCAACAGCCACGUGGCUGGAGCCCUGAGGAACAGGGCCCCCCGCGGCCCCCACAAUCCUCCCGGAGCCGUGUUCACGGACAUGAAGGUCCUGGGGGUUCAUUUCCCCUGGCAGGCCUAUACUCUGGAUGAGUCUUUCUUCUGGACCCACAACGUCAGCGCAGGGAGCCACCUGACAGUCAUCCUGAACCACCCAGCCAGCCUGCGGCGGGUGCAGGUGCUGACGGGCACCGUGGUGGACGGAAAGCACGCCCUGCAGAAGGGGCGGGUGGAGCUGGGCUAUGAGCCGGAGGGAACGCCGCAGUUCUGCACCAGCUUUGCUGUGCUGGGCCCCCUCCUGGAGGGGCAGCUGGAUCAGGAGAUCGUCCCACGGAGCGUGGGGCACGAUGUGAGCUGCGUGAGGCUGGUGGUGAACGCCCGUCAGGCUGGUGGGCUCAUCAUCAGACACAUUUACCUCUGGGAGGAACGAGCCGAAGGCGUCCAGCGCCAGCCUGGGAGAGCGCUGGCCACCAUGAGUGCGACCAAAGAAAAAAGGAGAGAGGAGAGUUCCCAGGACGUGUGUGAGUGCAGCUCCCUGGCCUCAGCCACCUUGUCUGCGAAGCCGGCUCAGCUGCCUCUUGGGUUUGUCUACUGCACAGUGAGCUCGAUGCACUGCCCAAACUCGGAAGAUGUUGGACGAGUGAGGGAAUGACCCCUAGCUUUUAGUUCACAGAGCUCAUAGGAAUCCAUGUCUGAUUCAGUCUUCGCACAGACACUGGGGGGACAACCCCCAUUUUACAUCCUGAGAAGUGGGUGUGAAGGGCAGAGACUGUUUGCCUGGGACCUGCAGUGGCCCCACGGGAUCCCUGCACCCUGGACCCCGUCUUACCCAUGCGGCCCAAAGGCGGGUGUGGAGAGGCUUCUGAGAUAAUCUCAGGAAAGUCACUGCCAAGCUGCCGGCAAGGCCUGGUCCACAGCCCACAGACACCUGCGCCCCACCUGCACCCUGGCCAGUGCCAGCCUGCCCUUUCCUGAUCUGGCUUCUGCAGGGGAGGGGCUGCGGGACUCUGGUGCCGUGCUCCAGGAAGUGGUGGGAGGGGGUGGCUGUCCCCAAGCUGACUGGCCAUGACCUUGCUGAAGCCACUGCCUGGACUCAGGAGGGGCCCCGGGCAGCCAGCUCCCCGUCUAAGGUGCUGAGUGAGGCCUGCUCCCGGGAGCCCAGGUGUAAGGAAGGUCCCCUCACGGGGUGGCCCCUGACGGGUGGCCUGCAGCUGCCUCGGCUGUGGGCUGAGCCCGUCGGCCGUCGGUAAGGCAGAAAAGCCCUCCAGUUUCCUGAGCAUCAGGGAGUCUCCGCACCCACCUCACCCCGGCCAUGGCCACCCCACCCUGCCCGGCAGGAGGUGCCCUGUGGCCGCCCUGUCCUGGUCGGGGGCCGUGUCCGCCGCUGUCCAAAACGGCUGUCACCCCUGGGGAAGCCCCACGGGCGAGACCCCCCUUCAAAGUCCAUAAUCAAACUUUGUUUAAAGCCCCGAUGUCGGGUUUACUUGUAUCCCUCAAGCUCAGAUUGCACGACAUGGGCACAGGGCCCAUCCCCCAGGGACUUGAGGGACUGACGGUCCAGGACAAGACACCUCGACUCACUCAGAGGCCACACGGACAGCCGGACAUCGGGCCAAGGCAGAGCACAGGGCAUGGACCAUGGAGCACAGAGUUCCCAGAACACGGAAGUUUUCCUCUCCUGCUGAGAGUGUGUGUAUGUUCAGUGCGUGGGGGUCCGGGCCCCAAGUUAAGAGCCUUUUGAAUUUACACGAACGUUUUUAGAAUUCUUCAGUGAAACCCUCUGGGCCUGGGGAUUUCUUGGGAGGAGUUUUUAAACUAUGAAUGUGAUUUUUAAAAUUCUAGGGUUAUUAAAAUUAUCCCCUUCAAAUUGGGUGUUAUGUAUUAAUACUUUGUAUUUGUUGAGUUCCUCUCUCUCUGCCAGUUUCUCCCUUGUCAUUCUGUGGGCAGUUGUUGGGGGUGGUUCAGUCUCCCACCCGGCUUCUGGAAUGUCUGUUUUCUUCCGUUCAACCAGGUUUUGCUUCCUGUACUUUGCAGUCUGUCUGUGUGGUGGGCAUACAGUUGGGGUCGUGUUCUCUCGGUGGACCGAUCCCUUAUCAAAACAUAACACCCCUUUCUGCCUCUGGUCAUGGUCUUGCUCUGCAGUCGACUUUAUCUGAAACAAAUGUAGUCAUUCCUACUUUCCUUUCCUUAAUUUCCCCUGGUAAUUCUUUUCCCUCCUUUUGCAUUUAACUACCUAUGUGGUUAUAUUGAAUCGGCCCCACAAUUCAGUUGGCCAGAAAGUCUGUUCACUUGGCUGAGAAAAUCCUUCAGACAUGAAAUUUGUUUGGCCAGAAAAUUUGUUGCAUCCACCAAAAAGUUUGUUUGGUGGCCAGAAAGUUUGUUGUUGGCCAAAAAGUCCGUUCAAUGAAAUUUGAACUUGAAAUUUCGGUCGAUUGACCAAUAUUUCGUUCAUCUGGCAAAAAAGGUCAGCCAAAAAAGUCCAUUGGCCUUGUCCAUGAGCUGGCUCUAUUAGUGCUUGUUGUCUUUAACUUCAUUUGAAACCAUUUUGAUAGGUUGUAUUGUGACAACUGUUACAUCAGCAUGAAGUUUCAAAAAAAUUAUCAAAAGUAGUACAUUUUUGUGUAGCUGUUCUAAUAUUAAUAGAAGAAAAUAAGCAACAUUUUUGAGAAAGGUAAAAAUGUAAAAAUAAAGAUUGGUGCUCUGUGUG